AUGACAACAGCGCAGACGGCCAUAACUCAAUAUGUCACAGCUUCGUCAGGCAUCAGAUAUGCCUUUCGAAGACUCGGCCCUGAUGCGGGCGUGCCUCUCGUCAUGCACAUCCACUAUCGUGCCAACAUGGACCUGUGGGAUCCGCUGCUGCUCAACACUCUCGCAGCGUGCCGACCCGUCAUCAUCUUUGACUCGAAAGGGGUCGGACGCACCGAUGGACUGGUCCCAGAGAGCUAUCAAGGGUGGGCUGACGCUGUCAUUGACUUGGUCGCCGCUCUCGGCCACAAAGAGAUUGAUCUGCUAGGCUUCUCGAUGGGCGGCAGAGCAGUACAGCUGGUUCCCCUGACUGGGCCGGGCCUGGUUCGGAGACUCAUCUGUGCAGGGACGGACGCCGUGUAUCCGCCCCGCGAGCAAGUCCCGGGCACUCUCUGGCCGCGCGAGCCAGGUCCACCUACCCAUGUCAAAGCUCUGUCUGAAGCUGUAUCCGUUGACGAGGGCAAAAGAGCACUUUGCUACUCGUUCUUCUACAACAAUGACCAUGGCCAAGCAGAGUUCGAUGCGUACUGGAAACGUGUCUCUGAGCGAACAGCAGAACCUGUGAACCUCAAGCUGCUGGACAAGGAAGGCGGAGGCAAGCGGCAGUGGCAGGCUGCGAGAGACGCUCUAGCGCCCAACCCGGCGUACCAGUUCGACAAACUGAGCCACAUCAAGAUUCCGGUACUGGUCGCAAACGGUGACGAUGACCUCUUGAUACCAUCAUAUCGAAGCUGGGAGCUGUACAAGACCUUCGAGAACGCCCAGUUGAUCAUGUACCCUAAGGCUGGACAUGGGUUCUUGUGGCAAUAUGCCGAGCUCUUCGGCCAUCAUGUUAACCGCUUUCUCGAUGGAGCAGAAUUUGAUCGCUGCAAGUCUCGGUUGUGA